GAACAGUUGCCUUUCCUCUCACACAACGGAGGUAUCAUUUUGUUUGAGACUGGACAGAACUGAAACCAAAGUGAACACGAACGCGAGGGUAUGAUGGCUAAGAAGCCCCCCAAACCAGCCCCUCGAAAGAUCUUCCAAGAAAGAUUAAAGAUUACCGCUCUACCCUUGUACUUUGAAGGCUUUUUAUUAGUCAAACAGUCAGAAUACCAGGAGUACAAACACUAUUGGACAGAAUUGAGAGGAACCACACUUUUCUUUUACAGAGACAAAAAAAGUACAACAUAUGUUGGCAAAUUAGACAUAACAGAUCUUGUAUGCCUUACUGACCAAAGUUCAACUGAAAAGAAUUGUGCCAAAUUCACUCUUGUUUUGCCAAAAGAGGAAGUGCAACUGAAGACAGAAAACAUGGAAAGUGGGGAAGAAUGGAGAGGCUUCAUUCUGACGGUAACAGAGCUAUCAGUUCCCCAACACGUGUCACUUCUACCUGGGCAAGUAAUUAGACUGCAGGAAGUCCUAGAGAGAGAAAAGAAAAGAAGGGUCGAGACAGAGCAGCUACCACCACUUGUGCCUGUGGAAAAAGAGAAGGAGCCAGUAGAAGAUUAUGUGGAUGUACUGAACCCUAUGCCAGCAUGUUUUUAUGCAGUUUCUCGGAAAGAAGCAACUGAAAUGUUGGAGAAGAAUCCUUCUUUGGGAAAUAUGAUCCUGAGGCCUGGUAGUGACAGCAGAAACUACUCCAUCACUAUCCGCCAGGAGAUAGACACACCAAGAAUCAAGCACUACAAAGUGAUGAGCAUUGGAGAAAACUACACCAUUGAACUGGAAAAACCUGUAACACUCCCAAACCUUUUCAGUGUCAUUGAUUAUUUUGUGAAGGAGACUAGAGGGAAUUUAAGACCAUUUAUAUAUUCUUCGGAUAACAACUUUGGUCAAGAACCCAACACAGAAGAGAGAAAUGAGAAGCUGAAGAAAAGUCCACACAAGACAUGGAAUAAAACAUGAAAAUCAUUUUCAUGUAUCAUUGUAAUUUAUAUUUUC